GGCGUUGCUGUAGCGAGCGGUGCGGUUACCGGGCGCUGGGUCAGUGUGUGGGAAGUGCUGCAAUAUCUCACCGUCACUGCCACCGCCGCGGUCGAGGACCGACAUACAAUUUCUCAUAGUUGUAUAGUUGAAGAUCAAAGAGGGAAAACCUGUCAAACCAACGAUAUAUCUAUCUAUCUACCGAAAGUCCUCGAUACAGAACGCGGAAAUAAGAAGUUACUCGUUUUCGCGCUGGUUUCAAGUAGUUUAGCAGUUGAUACGGAUUCUCUGGUAGCUUUACGUUCACGUUAGAUCGCCAGGUCAGCUGUAUGUAUUAACACGUUGUUGUAUUCUUUAGCUAUAUCGUCGGUCUUGAAUAACGAUUGGGGGUGAUUCCCAAAUAUAAAGUAUUGCUAGAUGAUUAUGGAGAAGAAGAGGAUGGAUUGCCCCUCUCUGCCACCGGGUUGGAAAAAAGAAGAAGUGAUCCGGAAGUCGGGACUCAGUGCUGGCAAGUGUGAUGUCUAUUACUACAGUCCAAAAGGGAAGAAGUUCCGGAGCAAACCCCAGCUGUCCCGUUACCUAGGCAACACGGUGGACCUGGGAUGUUUCGACUUCCGAACGGGCAAAAUGAUGAUGCCCAGCAAGCUGCAGAAGAACAAACAGAGGCUACGGAAUGAGAACCUCACCAUCAACAAGGGUAAACCAGACCUGAACACAGCACUUCCUAUCAGACAGACAGCCUCCAUCUUUAAACAGCCCGUCACCAAAGUGGUGAACCAUCCCAGCAACAAGGUGAAGACAGACCUGCAGAGAGCCACAGAGCAGCCCAGACAGCUGUUCUGGGAGAAGCGGUUGAAAGGCCUGAGGGUGUCAGCUAUCACAGAAGAGGUCCUCAGGAGCAUGGAGCUUCCUAAGGGUUUAACAAGCGUGGCUCCAGACACGUCAGACGAGACGCUCCUCUCGGCCAUCGCCAGCGCUCUCCACAUGAGCUCCUCCCCCAUCACGGGCCAGACGACCUCGGCUGCAGAGAAGAACCCGGCUAUCUGGCUCAACACGUCGCAGCCCCUGUGUAAGGCCUUCAUAGUGACCGACCAGGACAUCCGGGAACAGGAGCUAAAGGUGAUCCAGGCCCGUAGGACUCUGGAGGAUGCACUGAUGGCAGAUGGGUUGGCGCGGACCGUCGAAUCCAGCAGAGACUCAGAGGAUGAAGCUGCAUAGACCAAACA